GAGAAUCGAUUCCUUCUCUUAUUUCACAGCGAGGAUUUAAAAAGCGACUCUCCUUCCUGAUCGGGGGGGCGAGCAGGCGAGCCGGUGAGGAUUGGCCGACGGCGGACGAGCGCAGGGAUGAGGUGGAAGGAAGCCCGGGCUGCUGGUCUCUGUGGGACCAGGAUCUGCAGUGGCCCCUGAGCCUCGGCCCAGAGGGAGGCCGUGGUGAGCUGCUGCCUUCUGAGAGGUGUGAAUAACGAUGACUCCCAUCCUCGCUGUUUGAACAUGCUGCUUGGGUAGCGAAGCCGACCGAGAGGAGCGACUACCCUCGUGCACUCCUUACCCUCCACACACACACACACACACACACACACACAUAUAGAGUCGGCCCAAUCCAACCACAGACAUGCUAAUCAAGGAGUACCGCAUCCCCAUGCCGAUGAGCGUGGAGGAGUACCGCAUCGCUCAGCUCUACAUGAUCCAGAAGAAGAGCAGAGAGGAGAGCUGUGGCGAGGGCAGCGGCGUGGAGAUCCUGGAGAACAAGCCCUACGAGGACGGCCCGGGAGGUUCGGGUCAGUACACGCACAAGGUCUAUCACAUCGGCAAACACAUCCCGUCCUGGUUCUGUGCCAUCCUGCCUCAAGCUGCCCUGCGAGUGGAGGAGGAGUCCUGGAACGCCUACCCCUACACUCGAACCCGGUACACCUGCCCCUUUGUGGAGAAAUUCUCUAUAGACAUCGAGACGUAUUACAAACCAGAUACUGGAAAUCAAGUGGACGUCUUCAACAUGUCCGCUGCUGAAAAGAGACAGAGGACUGUAGACCCCAUAGACAUCGUGAAGGACUACAUCCCUCCUCACGAGUACCUGGUGGAAGAAGACCCGAAGCUCUAUCAGUCCAUCAAGACCAAACGGGGUCCGCUGUCAGACGACUGGAUCGAGGAGAUCAACCAGAACCACGGGCAGAGCCCGGUCAUGUGCGCCUACAAGCUCUGCAAAGUGGAGUUCAGAUACUGGGGCAUGCAGUCCAAGAUCGAGCGCUUCAUACACGACGUGGGCCUCCGUAAGGUGAUGGUCCGAGCCCACCGGCAGGCGUGGUGCUGGCAGGACGAGUGGUACGGCCUGACCAUCGAGGACAUCCGGCAGCUGGAGCUGGAGACGCAGCUGGCUCUGGCUAAGAAGAUGGCCCACUACAGCCUCAACGAGGAGGGUGGAGCGGAGACCAACGGCUCCUCCGUCAGCCAGGACCAGGAGCCCGGCGCCGAGACCGCCGGGUCGACCGCAGAGGCCGAAGGAGGAGGAGGAGGAAAACUGGGAGACUCGCUGGAGACUCGAGGGGAGCUCACCAAGCAGUGGUCCACGUCCUCCAGAUCCUCCAACAGGUCCUCAAAGAGAGGAGGGAGUCCGUCUCACCAGAGUAUUUCAGAGUGGAGGAUGCAGAGCAUCGCCCGAGACUCUGAGGACAGCACGGACGACGAGUUCUUCGAUGCUCAUGAGGACUUUUCUGACAACGAGGAGAUGUUCGCUAAAGAGAUCACCAAGUGGAGCUCCAACGAUCUGAUGGACAAGAUAGAAACGAUAGAGGUGGACGAGGCGCAAGAGACGUUGUAUCAGGAGUCGGGUGGAGAGUACGCUGGCAUGAGUAACGAGGAGAGGCAGAUGGAGGACUGUUCAGCUCAGCAGUGUCUCCAGCCGUCCAAAAUUCACGUCCUGGUCCUGGUCCUGCAUGGAGGCAACAUCCUGGACACCGGCUCUGGUGAGCAGAACAGCAAGCAGGGCGAUGGGAACACGCUGAACGGGGCAUUUGAGACGGUGAUGAGGGUCCAUUACCCCACGGCGCUCGGCCGCAUCGCCAUCCGGAUGGUCCCGUGUCCCGCCGUGUGUGUCGACGCCUUCUCGCUGGUCUCCAAUCUGAGCCCCUACAGCUACGACGAGAGCUGCCUGUCCAGCAGCCAGGAUCACAUCCCUCUGGCCGCUCUGCCGCUCCUGGCUACCUCCGCGCCGCAGUACCAAGACGCCGUGGCAACCGUCAUCUUACGAGCCAAUCAGGUGUACAGUGACUUCAUCAAGUCUUUAGAAGGAGAGUCUUUUAACGGCCAGGUGUGUGUUAUCGGCGACUGUGUUGGAGGCAUCCUGGGGUUUGAUGCUCUGUGCAGCAGCUCUGUGACGGUGUCAGAAAGCCAAAACAGCAGCAGACGGGGCAGCGCCAUCAGUGUGCAGGACACCGACCUCCUCUCUCCAGGUAUCGUCAUAAACAGCGUCUCUCCAUCCUCGCCGUCCCUCGAGGGAAGCCGCCACCUCAGCCGGAGCAACAUCGACAUCCCUCGAUGCUCGGGGCCCGACGACCCCAAGAGACAACUUCCACGCAAGCGCAGCGACUCGUCCACGUACGAGCUGGACACCAUCAAACACCACCAAGCCUUCCUGUCCAGUCUCCACUCCAGCGUUCUCCACGGGGAGCCCGGCUCUCGGCGCUCCAGCAACAGCACCAUGCUGGAAGGAGGCUCGCUGGGAAAGUUUGACUUCGAGGUGACGGACUUCUUCCUGUUCGGCUCUCCUCUGGGGCUGGUGCUCGCGCUGAGGAAGACUGUGGUGCCCUCGUUAGAUGUGUCGGCUCUGCGUCCGGCCUGUCAGCAGGUUUAUAACUUGUUCCAUCCAGCCGAUCCGUCGGCCUCCCGUCUCGAGCCUCUCCUGGACAAACGCUUCCACCUGCUGCCUCCCUUCAGCGUCCCCCGAUACCAGCGCUUUCCUCUGGGCGACGGACACUCAGCUCUCCUGGUUGAGACGGUGCAGAAUAACCCUCAGCUUCUGAUGGAGUCCGGUGGUGCGGCGUCUCAACGCUGCCUGGAAAAUGCCGUCAGUGAGACGUCCAUCCCCGUCCCCGUCCUCAACUGGCAGAGCUCGCAGCUCCACGCAGAGACUGAUUCUCUUCACUCUCAUAUUUUCGUGGACGGCCAGUACCCGUCCUCCACAUCACCGGGGGUCCCUCACCUUCGCUUCAACCGCCGGGCCAGCGAGGCCAGCCUGACGAGCCAGGUGUCGGGGUUAGCCGACUCUUACACCGCCUCCAACAUCGCCACGACACACAAAGGUGAGGUCAGCCACUCUAAAAGGUCCAGUCUGCUGUCCCAGCUGGCUGUUCCCUACAAUAGGUUCGCCCCUCGGACUCCGUCCUUGCGGUUGCGCCAGAAAACCCGUCAGGUGUUCCCGAAACUCAACGGAGUGGAGUCUGAGCAGAGCUCGGACGUUAGCUCUGACAUGACCUCUGACCUCACCGAUGUCACGUCUGACAUCACAGACAUCAGCUCGGCGCCCCCGUCGCCCAGGGUGCUGAAGAACAUAGAGCAAGUUGCCUCCCGGUGGUGGGGCAGUAAGAGGAUGGACUACGCCCUGUACUGCCCCGACGCCCUGACGGCGUUCCCCACCGUGGCGCUGCCUCAUCUGUUCCACGCGUCGUACUGGGAGUCCACAGACGUCGUCUCGUUCUUACUCAGACAGGUGAUGAGACAUGAGAACUCCAGUAUUUUGGAGCUGGAUGGUAAAGAAGUGUCUGAAUUCACUCCAUCCAAACCUCGUGAGAAGUGGCUCCGCAAGAGGACUCACGUUAAGAUUAGGAAUGUGACGGCCAACCAUCGAGUGAACGACGCCGUGUACACGGAGGACGGAGCCCAGAUGGUGACGGGCCGUUUCAUGUACGGCCCUCUGGACAUGGUCACCCUCACUGGAGAGAAGAUUGACGUCCACAUCAUGACCCAGCCUCCCUCUGGAGAGUGGGUGUACUUUAACACGGAGCUCACCAACAGCAGCGGACGAGUCUCUUAUGUAAUCCCUGAGAGCAAGAGGCUCGGUAUCGGGGUGUAUCCCGUCAAAAUGGUGGUCAGGGGGGACCACACGUUUGCAGACAGCUAUCUCACUGUGGUACCACGAGGGACAGAGUUUGUGGUGUUCAGUAUUGACGGGUCAUUUGCUGCCAGUGUGUCUAUAAUGGGCAGCGACCCAAAGGUUCGAGCCGGGGCUGUGGAUGUGGUGAGAUACUGGCAGGAUCUGGGCUACCUGAUCGUAUACGUAACGGGCCGCCCUGACAUGCAGAAGCAGCGCGUAGUCGCCUGGCUCUCCCAGCACAACUUUCCUCACGGCAUCGUCUCGUUCUGCGACGGGCUGGUUCACGACCCGCUCCGACACAAGGCCAACUUCCUCAAAUGCCUCAUCAACGAGGCCCACAUGAGGAUCUUUGCUGCCUACGGUUCCACCAAGGACAUCUCCGUGUACUCGUCCAUCGGCCUGCCGCCGUCACAUAUCUACAUUGUGGGGAGGCCCACGAAGAAAAUGCAGCACCAGUGUCAGUUCAUCCCGGACGGCUACGCCUCCCACCUGUCCCAGCUGGAGUACAACCAGAGGUCUCGGCCCGCCAAGUCCGCCAGCACCCGCAUGGUCCUCCGCAAGGGCAGCUUCGGGCUCGGCGCCGCUGGAGGAGACUUCCUUCGCAAACGCAAUCACAUCUUUCGCACCAUCUCCUCUAAGCAGCCCGGCGGGGCGGGGUCGUCCUCUCCCAACCAGCAGGGGCGGACUGAGCGAACCCUGAGCCAGUGCGAGAUGGAGCGGGACCGAGGGGUCGGGCCGGCAGCCCAGAGGAGCAUGAGCAUCGCCGCAGGGUGCUGGGGCCGCAGCGGGAGCACCAAGGAGGGUAGUGGCGGGUUACUCGGCCCGAAGUAAGGUUCAGAACGGAGCUGUGGUGUUGAAGGACUCGGCCUGAGCCACCAUGAUCUCUGGAGAAAGAAAGAAGGGUGGAGCAAGAGGCGGAGGUGGAUGGAGGGGUGGAUGUCCAGGAGGAGUGGACUGAUCAGGCCCGGAAGGGAUCCAGCGAACAAAGACAAUUCUGUAGCAUGACUCUUUUACAGUAAUACUUUUAUAGGAUACAUCGCUAACUAUUUAAAACGUGACAAGGAGGGAUUAAAUGAAAUAUUAUAAGCCUUAAACUAAUCUCGUAUAACGGGACAAAACCACCUCCUCUUCUCCAAACACACACACACACACACACACACACACACAUAUAUACAACACACUGUCCUGGACUUCACAGUCAUGAGCUCAGGACAAACCACAGAGCCAGAUCCAAACAGUCGAGCACGGGUUCGAGGCCAAGCUGAUUGGCAGCCAUGUCAGAAAGCCAAAUGACUUUCACUUCUGUCUCUGUCCACUGUCAGCUGAGCGACACGUUUCAAACACGCAGCAACGACGGGCAAUAACACCGAGGAAGGAGACAGGAAGCAAGGAAGCGAAGCAUCCGCCGGUUCAUCCAAACUACAGAAAGAAACCCAGACUUUCUCACUUAGCUCUCGUGGUGUUGAGCCACACAGAUAGUUUGGGGUUUAUUCUUUUUCCACAUUUAGACAUUUUGAUGCCCUACGUUGAAAACAAGCAGAUAUUCUGACAAAGAAAGGGAAGUUCCAACUAUUGGCUGACAAAAAAGCCAAUAAAAACUAUUGUUUUUACGUCAAAUAAUGUUUUGAUUUAAACAAUGAAAUAUCUGAGCGUUUUACAUAAACAGUGUUGAGUUUGUGUGAGCAGUAGAUAAACACAGAGCUCUACAGAAAGCCGUGAUCAUGAGCUUAUUGGACGGUUGGGAGAUUUCGUUGAGUAGCAACGAUUCUGUGGCGUCAGAGCGAGAUCCCGUCGAUGGCAGCAGCUUGAUCCGAAAAGAAACCCCCAGAAAAAUCGGGGUGGUGAGAAAAUCUGUAUUUUUUUUUGUAGUUUGGUUGAACUGAGCCUUGAAGCAUCUCAAUGUGUCAGAGAUGAAAUUUCUUCUUGUCUUCAUCACAGAACAAUUUGGUUCGUCACUGAUAUCUUACGUGUAUUUAAGCUAGCAGGCCGCUAGUCCACUUUUCAUUCCGACGUGCGUGAGACUCUGUAGUAUUUUCCCUUUCAGCGUGGCCUCUGGGCCAUCCAAGGCCUUAAUAUCCAACGAGACACUUUUCUCCACAGAUGGAACAGGAAGCAGAAAAACAGGGCAUGCAGCAUUAAAGCAACAACUGAACUCUGUACAGUCCACAGCAACAAUCCCUUUAUAUAUUCAUCUGCUUGCAAUACCUCUGAUCCACCUGUUGGUGGUGUUCUGUUUCCCACCUGUGCUGCUGCUGGGCGACACUCGUGUGGUGUUCCCGAACAGGACGGACCUGGUGUUUCUGCCGAGGAGCCUGUUUCCUGUCAGGCUGGACCCAGCGUUUCCACGAAGCUUUCACUUACAGACACGUGUUGAUCUUUAGACUGUUUUUACCAAAUGUACUGAAGAACGGGCCGGAUGUGAUUCAGCAUGAAUGUUUAAAAGACUGGAUCAAUUUCAGUGGUGGAGAGAAAAUCAACAGCGCCCUCAUGAGAGCAAACAUUUCACAGCUUCUGUCUUCUGAACUAUAUUUUAAUAGGAAGGGGAUGCUGAAGAAGAAGCCACCUCACAUCUCCGAUCCAAAAACACAAACAAUGUGCACAAAUAGUCAGAUUUUUCAGUCCUGAUGCCACUAAAUGCCACUAAAGAUUUGUUUUUUUUCAAGUCUGUCUCGCUGAAGUCUUUCCUUGUGUUCAUACUGACCAUUAAACACUUCUCAUGCUCUUCUACUAAAUAUGAGCGGGGAAUAAAUCGACCUCAUUGUGUGCAAAAACUUCAUAAACUUCAUAUUAAGCCAACCCUCCAUCCUCAGCCCCAUUUCAUUUAGAUGAUAAAAUCCAUGUUUUAAAUAGAUACACCCGCAAAAAGAUCUUCAAAUGAUGCUGCUGCAACAAACCGACACUUUCUAUGAGGAAAGAAACAAAUUCAUGUUUUGCAUUUCAUGCCGAAUUUACAAGAAGGCACCGGUGAUUUGUGAAAUGUUGUUGACAACGUGUCACAAGUUUAUAAAGUUUCUUUUCACUCAGCAUCACAAAAAAUUAAGUGAUUUGUUAAGGAGGUCUGGGGGUUUGUCUCGUCAGGCGACAAAGACAUAGAAUUAACAAGACUAGUUAAAAGCUUCAUAUCAGCUUCAGAUUGAACGUGUAACGUGUCUUUGCACAGAACGAGGAAAGUGUUUUGACUCUCGUUAUGUUCAGUGGAAGCACAUUAAGAAUUUUUCUUUUAAUUGCCAGUAUGAACAGGAGGACUGUGAGGAUGGAAGAAGAUUAGUCCUCUUCUGUAUGUGAUCAGUGGGACACCUUACAAUUGUUUUAAACAGACUUGAAAAUGACAAACUUGUCCUUUAAACCCCUGUCAGCUUCUGGAGUUAGGAUGAGUAGCGCGGCUGUUCCUCUCGUUCUCUUCGUUGUACUCUGCUGUUGUCUGAUGCCCGGCUUCCGUCUCCACUGUCUGUGUGAUCAGAAAUGUCUUCAACCCGCCACAGAAGCCAAAAUCGUUCUCUAAUACUGUAGUCGAUCAACUGUGGAACCUCAUUGUUGUUUUUUUGCACUAGUUUACGGUGGAAGUAUACUGUAGUUUCCAUCUCACGUUGCUACAUUCGAACACCUCCGUAGUGCAUGACACCUUUUUUAAAAUUAAUUUCAGGGUAAAGUGUGUGUGCAGCCACGCUCGUGUCUGUGCAUUUUGUCGGGUAUGAAAAUAAUGUAAGUAAAUGUGCCAAACAGCGAACGGUUCAAUAGAUCAGAGGUGUUCGAAGUCUGACACCCCCAACCUCCUACUCUCCUAUUAAUCUUCUUUGUCUUUACUUCUAUUUGGUAGAUAAUCACACUGAUUAAAAUUUGGGAACUUUAUUUCCCAUGAGUCUUUGGGAGAUGUAAACAGGAAGUAAAAUGUAGCUGUAGAUUCAGUGCAUUGUGCUGCUGGCUGCAGCGUGAGUCUUGUUUUUUUAAGCCUAGGUUUGUUUUACAUUUUAGCAAAUUGGCACCAUUAAAAGUUUGCCGAAUUAGCUUUUAGCACUUCCCGUUUGCAGCGAAGUCAUGGAUGUACAGAUAAAUGUCACUGGAU